UUGCCGUGGGACUCGGCUCCGCUGCGAGCGGCAGACCUGCCAGCUCUCGGCCCCAACCCCCCCGGUUCCCUGUGCCGGACCCAGCACCUGGGCUCUCCGGGCCCGAACUGAGGCCGCAAGCAGCACCGCGGGGUGUGGGGCGGACCCAGGAGAUGAAAUGACAACGUCAACUCUCCAGGGCCUUUCUGGGCCUCUACGGGAGUACGGAACUCUUCGUUUUGCCUCUCCAGAAAGCCAUUGAUCUGGUGACAAAAGCUACAGAAGAGGAUAAAGCCAAGAACUACGAGGAGGCACUUCGGCUCUACCAGCAUGCUGUGGAGUAUUUCCUACAUGCCAUCAAGUAUGAGGCACACAGCGACAAGGCCAAGGAGAGCAUUCGCGCCAAGUGCAUGCAGUACCUAGACCGGGCAGAGAAGCUGAAGGAUUAUCUACGAAACAAAGAGAAGCAUGGCAAGAAGCCAGUCAAAGAGAACCAGAGUGAGGGCAAGGGCAGUGAUAGUGACAGUGAAGGGGAUAAUCCAGAGAAAAAGAAAUUGCAAGAGCAACUGAUGGGUGCUGUUGUGAUGGAGAAGCCCAACAUUCGGUGGAGUGAUGUGGCUGGGCUAGAGGGGGCUAAGGAGGCCCUUAAAGAAGCUGUCAUUUUGCCAAUUAAAUUCCCACAUUUGUUCACAGGCAAGCGUACCCCUUGGCGAGGAAUACUGCUCUUUGGACCCCCUGGCACAGGGAAAUCCUAUCUGGCCAAAGCUGUGGCAACAGAGGCCAAUAACACCACCUUCUUCUCUGUGUCCUCCUCAGAUUUGAUGUCUAAGUGGUUGGGAGAGAGUGAGAAGCUAGUAAAGAAUCUGUUUGAGCUGGCCAGGCAGCACAAGCCCUCCAUCAUCUUCAUCGAUGAGGUGGAUUCCCUCUGUGGAUCCCGAAAUGAAAAUGAGAGUGAGGCUGCCCGAAGGAUCAAAACAGAGUUCUUGGUCCAGAUGCAGGGGGUGGGGAAUAACAAUGAUGGGACUCUGGUUCUUGGUGCCACAAAUAUCCCAUGGGUACUGGAUUCAGCUAUUAGAAGGAGGUUUGAAAAGCGGAUUUACAUCCCGUUGCCAGAGGAAGCUGCCCGGGCCCAGAUGUUCCGGUUGCAUUUGGGGAGCACUCCCCACAACCUCACGGAUGCCAACAUCCAGGAACUGGCCCGGAAGACGGAAGGCUACUCGGGCGCAGACAUCAGCAUCAUUGUGCGGGACUGCCUCAUGCAGCCCGUUAGAAAAGUACAGUCGGCAACACACUUCAAAAAGGUCUGUGGCCCUUCCCGCACCAACCCUAGCAUUAUGAUUGAUGACCUCCUGACCCCAUGUUCACCAGGGGACCUGGGGGCCAUGGAGAUGACUUGGAUGGAUGUCCCUAGUGACAAACUCUUAGAGCCUGUGGUUUGCAUGUCCGACAUGCUCCGGUCUUUGGCCACCACCCGGCCCACUGUGAAUGCAGACGAUCUUCUGAAAGUGAAGAAGUUCUCAGAGGACUUUGGACAAGAGAGUUAAAAGCUUCUUCACUUGGGUGAUAAUGAAGGUGGGAGGUUGAUCGGGGCAAAUCCACAGUGCUCACGUUGGUGGCCAGACAGAGCUCCAGAGCUGUCCUAAAGUCACUACAGCGUCCCCUCUGCUGCCUGGUUGCCAGCAGGGAGCAGGCAGGAAGGGCCUCCUUAGCCACAGAGACGCUACAAAGCACAUUUGGCUCACAGUGGAAUCCUGGCUCUUACUCCUCCUUCUCUUCUGGAUGCUCACCAACUCCUGUUCCUGCCCAUGUCUUUUUUUUUUAAAACCUUUGUGUUCCCCUAAAUUAAUGCUGCUUGGAUUUUUGUCUUGUUUAUAAAUAAAAAAUAAAAUCACCUGGAGGCAUCAAGGAGUGGGAACGGCCCUGUUGUGGGGUGGGUGCAGCAAACCCUUUAGGGUGGCUUGCCAGCCCUGCCCCCCAUUUAGACCCAAGUUGAACUGGAGAACAGACUGGCUGAUGCCCCUGGGUCCCCAGCCCACACUGCCUACAAAGAUCCCCCUCAAUGUGCAUCCAGGGCCUCAUGUCGUUCUUGCAGGAGGAGGAGACAGUCUUUGUGAGCACAAAGCUGUGUAGGUGAGAAUGCGCGAAGGCCGCAGUUAGCUGGGUUUCACUGCUCCCUUGUCUUCCCUCUGAAUGUGACAACACUGAGCCCAGCCACUGCCCCUGGGUUCCUGUCCUGGAAAUGGUCUAAUAAAUCCUUUUCCCUUCUGGA